AAAGGUGGCGCUAAUCUCGCCUUUCUUUUGCAUGGGCCUGCCCGCCCUUCCAUCCAUUUUCCCUCCCUUUUCCAUCCUAACAACCAAAACCGAAACUCCCUCUCCACCCUUUCUCUCCCUUCAUUUUCUCUUCGCUUCUUUCCUUUCUUUUCCGUUACCACCAAAUUCUCCGAACGAUCCUCUCCAUCCGUAACCGUCACCCUCCAAAAUCUCAGUCACAGACCAAUCAAAUCCAUCCACCUCAUCAAAUACUGUAACCAAAAUGACAUCCUCCACCACCACUACCACCGCAACCACCACCACCAAAACCGUGAACCCCCAUUUAACCUUCGAACACAAGAGGGAUGCGUAUGGAUUUGCUGUGAGGCCUCAGCAUGUACAAAGAUACCGAGAAUAUGCUAAUAUCUACAGGGAAGAAGAGGAGGAAAGAUCAGGUAGGUGGAAUGAUUUCUUGGAACGCCAUGCAGAUUAUGCUCAAUUGCUUACCAAUGAGAUGCCCUCGGAGGGAAGAAAGGAGGUCUCGCACAUUGAAGUUACAGAGGAUGGGAAUAAUGAAGCACGAAAGGGAGUUGAAGGAGAUGAUUUAUGCAAAAAGAAGUUGGGUUCUGAUAGUCUGUCUGCUAAGGAUGAUGCAGAAAAAGAGAAGGUGCUGCCUGCUCCAGAGAAAAGAGGUCGUCAAACUGCAAUAUGGACUGAAAUUAGACCAUCCCUUCUGGCCAUUGAAGAUAUGAUGAGUACUCGCGUAAAGAAAGGCCGUUUAUCUGAAGAAGAGCAAGAAAUCAGUCGAGUAAAGCCACUAUCUCUUGCAGAAGAUGCUAGAUUCAGUAAGGGAUCAUCAGAAGAUGAUUUUGAGGAUGAAUUUUUUUAUGCUGAGAGAUCUGACCCAGUUCAGGAUGCCCCUACACUUGACAGAACCAGAAGUAUAAGAGGUGCUGCUGCAAAUGCAGUUUCUACAGAAUCUUCAUUUCCCUGGAAAGAAGAGUUGAAAGUUCUUGUCCGUGGUGGAGUACCAAUGGCUCUUAGGGGAGAGAUUUGGCAAGCCUUUGUUGGUGUAAGGAGACGCCGAGUAGAAAAUUAUUACCAGAAUCUGCUUGCCAAUGAAACUAACUCUGGCAAUAACACCAACCAAAAGAGCUACCAGUCAGAUGGUAAGGGUUCAGCCACCAAGUCUGCAUGUGGGCCUGAGAAAUGGAAGGGGCAGAUUGAGAAGGAUUUGCCACGAACGUUCCCUGGUCACCCUGCUCUGGAUGAUGAUGGUAGAAAUGCUUUGCGACGUUUACUUACAGCCUAUGCUCGACAUAACCCCUCUGUUGGAUACUGUCAGGCCAUGAAUUUCUUUGCUGCCUUUUUACUCCUCUUGAUGCCUGAAGAAAAUGCGUUCUGGACUUUGAAGGGUAUUAUCGAUGAGUAUUUUGAUGGCUAUUUCUCGGAGGAAAUGAUUGAGUCUCAGGUUGACCAACUUGUUUUUGAAGAGUUGGUGCGUGAGAGAUUUCCAAAACUUGGUUUGUUUUUUCAAUAUUCGUCCUUUCUUGUGUUUGAAAUUUCUCAGAUGUUAUCUUCCCAUCAUGUUUUUUUGGGCAGGCAGAUUAUGAUUGACAAUUUCAUGUUUAUUGCAGUCAGUCAUCUAGAUCACCUGGGAGUACAAGUGGCGUGGGUUACUGGACCAUGGUUCCUUUCCAUUUUUAUGAACAUGCUUCCAUGGGAAAGUGUGCUUCGAGUCUGGGAUGUGUUCCUAUUUGAAGGAAAUCGUGUUAUGCUGUUUAGGACAGCACUUGCUCUUAUAGAGUUUUAUGGCCCUGAAUUACUUACAACUAAGGAUGCGGGAGAUGCAGUUACUUUGCUACAAUCAUUAGCUAGCUCAACAUUUGACAGCAGUCAACUCGUAUUGUCAGCUUGUAUGGGUUACGAAAAUGUAAAUGAACAAGUAUUACUUGAGUUAAGGGAGAAGCACCGGUCAGUUGUAAAAGCUGCAGUUGAUGAAAGAUUAAGGGGGCUUCAAAUUUGGAGGGAAUCACAGGGCCGGGCAUCUAAGCUAUAUGCUUUUAAGCAUGAUUCUAUGUCAGCGCUUAGGAAAACAAGUAAGACAGGAGAAUUGGUUGAUUCAAAAACUAAUGGAGAUCUUUCACGUUCCAAGUCCGAAUCAAUGAAUGAGGAUGAAAAUCUUCUUUGUCUGACAGGAGAUGCUAAGUCGGAUUCUGUUCCAGAUCUUCAACAGCAGGUUGUAGGGUUAAAGGUCGAGUUGUGCAGGUUGCUGGAAGAGAAAAGAUCAGCUGUUCUCAGAUCUGAUGAACUGGAGACAGCAUUGAUGGAGAUGGUUAAGCAGGACAAUCGACGCCAAUUAUGUGCUAGGGUAGAGCAAUUAGAGCAAGAAGUUGGUGAGCUUCGUAAGGCACUGUUUGAGAAGACUGAACAAGAAACUGCAAUGCUUCAGAUCCUAAUGCGAGUUGAGCAAGAUCAAAAGGAAACAGAAGAUGCUCGUAGAUUUGCCGAACAAAAUGCAGCUGCACAGAGAUAUUCUGUUGAAGUGCUUCGGGAAAAGUAUGAAAAGGCCAUUGCUGCGCUUGCUGAAAUGGAGAAAAGAGCGGUAAUGGCAGAAUCAAUGGUGGAGGCUACCUUACAUUACCAUUCUGGACAAACUAAAGCUCAGCCGUCUCUUUCUCCACGAUCACCCCAGCCAAAUUCACCACCACGCAACAAUCAAGAGCUACAACAAGAGAAUCCUGCCAGCAAGCUUAAUUUACUUGCUCGACCAUUUGUACUUGGCUGGCGAGACAGAAUCAAGGGAAAGAUCAGUAAUGCUGAUCGACCAAAUGAUGGGAAGUCCUCUAGUGAAGAUCAGAAUACUGCAACACAUCAGGAAACAAACACUAAGGAAAACAACGCCGGGAAUACAGAUGACAAGGAAGCAAAUGGCAACGAAGUUCAUGGUUUUUCUCGUAUCAUGUCUCUCAACUUUCAAAAGUCCACAUCAUGGAGGCAAGCAUGGAAGUAAUAUAUAAAAACCUCAGCCAAGCCCAAGGGAUACAUUUCUUGCCUUACAAGCAAGGCUUUUGUUCCCCUUAGCUGCAUUGUUUCUUUUUCAUUCUUGGAGUGGAGGAAUCAACCUAUGCCACAAUCCUUCAACUGAUCCAGUUUUAGGAUCCUACUUUCUUUCUUUUUGAUAGACGCAAGUUAUAUAUAUGUCAAAAUUUUAUUUAAAUUAUAGUUCUUAUUCAAUUAUUUGUAUAGAUUUUUUUAAAUAUUUGUAACAUUUUCAUACCUGAUCUGAUUAUUUGAUCAAUGCACCAGAAUAUCACAUUAAUUGU